GUAAGCAGUGCCACAUCAGCAGUGCCACGUCAGCAGUGCCACGUCAGACAGUGCCACGUCAGACAAAGUGCCACGUCAGCAGUGCCACGUCAGCAACAUGACGGGCCUGCCAGGCCAACUGGCCAWUGAGCCCAUUGCCGASUACAAAAAGCGCGUCCAUGCUCAGCUCACUGCAAUCGAGGCUGAGGAACAACGCCAGCUGGCAGUCAAGGCUGCCCAGCUACAGGCUGAUGAAGCGGCAACAGCAGAGAAGCUGCGGCUACAGGCCGAAGCGGACGCAGAUGCCCAGGCUCGCUGCAAGGAAGCCCAGGCCCUGCUGCAGCGGCAUGAAGCCAACAGCAUCGAGAAACUCAAGCACUGGCACUUUGAACCGAACGGCGACGAGCCAACACCGGAAGAGCAUCAUAAGGAGUUCAUGGCCAAGCUCGUGAGCAGCCAGGACUUCAUGGUACGCGCCGGCCUUGGCCCACGUGUCCGGAGGAAGUCCCAGCCUACGCAAGUCACUCUGGCAGACGGUCAUACACACAAGUCCAUCGACCGGUGCAUUGACGCCGUCCCAGUGUACUUUGCCCCUCACGCAAGUGAGGCGGUGUCCUUUGACAUUCUGGACACCAAAUUCGACAUGAUCUUGGGCAUGUCAUGGCUGCGAAGCAAGGAUCACCCGGUGAACUUCUUCAAUCGCACCGUUCACGUUCGUGACCGGAACGGAGUAUUAGUUUCAUGCACAGUGCCUCUUCCUCAUCCUUCGAUCAGCUGCCACGUGGUAUCCGCCGCAAGCAUGCGGGCUUCCAUCAUCAGAGACGACAUUGAGGAGAUGGGGGUGUGUUUUCUCCACGCCCUCCCGCCCCAUGACGCUUCAUCGACGGACUCACCUUCGGAUCCACGCAUCAUUGAACUUCUCGACGCCUACAGCGACGUGUUCGAAGGCCCGCACGGAGUAGUACCGAAUCGACCCAUCCGCCACGAGAUCAUCCUCGAGGAUGGGGCCGUACCUCCGCGCGGUUGCAUCUACCGAAUGAGCGAGGAAGAGUUAAGUGUGCUUCGGGCACAACUCGACGACCUUCUGGAGAAAGGCUGGAUUCGACCUAGCUCAUCGCCAUACGGUGCUCUUGUUCUCUUCGUCCGGAAGAAGAACAAGGACCUGCGGUUGUGCAUCGAUUAUCGCAAGCUCAACGCGCAGACGAUCAGGAACGCCGGCCCUCUCCCACGCAUCGACGACCUUCUCGAGCGAUUGGGCGGCGCCCAGUUCUUCUCUAAGCUGGAUCUCAAGUCAGGGUACCACCAGCUCGAGAUUCGCAAGGAGGAUCGCUACAAGACCGCGUUCAAGACACGGUAUGGGCAUUUCGAAUGGCUGGUCAUGCCAUUUGGCCUUACGAAUGCCCCAACCACUUUCCAAGCGGCUAUGAUGACGGAGUUCCGACACAUGCUGGAUCGUUUCGUACUUAUCUACCUCGACGACAUUCUGGUUUACAGUCGGAGCCUGGACGAGCAUGUGGAACACCUGCACACCGUUUUGGAGUGGCUACGACAGGCCAAGUACAAAGCAAACCGCGACAAGUGCGAGUUCGCACAACAGGAGAUGGAGUACUUGGGACACUAGGUGACGCCGCAAGGCAUCCGUCCGCUUGCGGACAAGAUUGAGGCCCUACGAGUAUGGCCCGAGCCCACCAACACCACGGAAGUUCGUUCAUUCAUGGGGUUGGCGGGCUACUAUCAGCGAUUCAUCACCGGAUACUCCAGGAUUGUUGCACCUAUGACGAGAUUACAGUCGCCAAAGGUGCCAUUCAUAUUCGAUGACGACGCACGCCGCUCAUUCCAAGC